UUGAUGUUCUCCACUUCAGAUGAAUGUGGCAAGAAAGCCUUUAGAAGGUGCUUUUUGACCAGCUCCAAGUGACCAGCCGAUUGCUUGUUGCUGAACUAUGUCACAGCUCUGCAGUAUCUGGGAUCUCCAAGCAUUUGUGGUGAUGGGUUCCCGUGGAUUAGCUCUGGCACCUCCAGCCAAGAAUGUGGUGGUGUAUCGCAACGGGGACCCUUUCUUCUACGGGAGAAAGAUUGUGGUGAACCAGCGGCAGUUCCUGACCUUUGAGGCAUUUCUGAAUGAGGUGACCAGGAGCAUCGGUGCACCCUUGGCUGUGAGGAAUCUCUACACGCCCAGGCAGGGCCACCGUGUCGCUGAGCUGGGGGACCUGCAGGAUGGGUGCCAGUACGUGGCUGCAGGCUUUGAAAGGUUCAAAAGGCUCAACUAUUUAAAUCAUGGAAUGAAGCAACUCAGUGAGACAAGGAACAGCAAUGGCAUGCAGCCCCGCACUGUAGCACCCUGGAAGCAGAACAUCUCGGCGCAAUGGCAGAAGCAUACCCACCUGCCCUGCGUGAUACACGUUUUCCGGAACGGAGAUUUGCUGAGCCCUCCUUUCCGACUGCAGCUCUCCAGGAGCACCUCGCUGGAGUGGGACACGCUCCUGACCACGCUAACAGAGAAAGCCAACCUGCGCAGCGGAGCUGUUCACAAGCUCUGCAGGCUGGAUGGAACGCAGGUGUCAGGUGGGGAGGAGCUGAUGAAUGGUGGUUACUAUGUGGCAGUGGGAACUGAGAAAUACAAAAACCUGCCCUACUUUGAGCUGUUGGUGCCCCAGACUUCUGCGUACAGGACACUAUGGAACCACCCAAAUAGCAGGCGCAAAAACUACAGCAAAAGGUUUGGCAAACUCUCCACCACCUCCCAGGACAGAGCUAGCGACUCUGCUCUUGCUUUCCCACCUCAACAGCUGGACAGUCGCAGGGUGCAGACCACAGAAGCCACAGAGAAAGACAAGAUUGCAGUUGCUUCACCACCACUGUCAAAGCAAGCCAGCAAAUCUCACCUCCAAGAGGAAGAGUCUGUUUUCUAUGCUAAACCUGUCCGUGCAGGACAAAACAGGAGGAGUAACACAAAUGUGCAGCACUGGCCUGGUCAAGAAGGUGUUUAUAAAGCCAAAAAUCCCAGGAAGGAGAUGCAAGGUGCGCAGGAAGUAAAAGAGGAUGAACACACCAAGGUGGAGGUACCCAUUGAUCAGAGAGCUGCAGAUACUGUGGAAGAGGAGUUUAUAGAAAAAGCCAAAAUGAGAAACCACAACAAGGUGUGGAGUACAGACAAAUCACAAAAGACCAUGGCAACGCAAAGGUAUGCCAGCGACUCCAAGGAUGAAAAGCACUGAAUGAUGUCUUUCCCUGGCAGCAAGGAGCUCUGAAGACUUCACAAAGGGACUGUGAUGGGAGAGACACAGUUAGGUAGAUUGCUAUCUGGAUAGCCACAGAUAGCAAAAGCAUAUGAUUCUCAGAUUUAUGUAACACCAAAGAUUGGCCAAGGUUUCUGAUGAAUUAACAAACUCUUCUAAGAUCAAGCACCCUAAUUAUCUGGGCUUGAGAGGGAAGCUACCAGUGAACUAGGAAUCAGAUGCACAAUUUUGUUAAACAAUACAAGUACUCCUCCUUUCCUCAUCUCUGCAGUAUGAUGAUUUGGCAGAGGAGAUGGCUGUUUUUCUGAAGUCUAAUGUAGAAACUGGUUUGUAUCUGAAUUUGGGAAGGAAGAAUUACAAAAUAGAAUUUACUCCUUUAUAAUAAAAUAUCUGCCAGAAAAU